CACAGGAACCACGAUUGAGCUCGCCAGUGGCAGUUCCGGAUAUGUCAUGACGUGGUAGUUAUACACAGGGGCCGUAAGUCACCGGGAAGUUAAGGCUGAAAGUGAAAGUAGUUGCUCGUAAUCCAUACAAAACAACGAAAAUGACUUCCGUUGACAUGCUGGCCGAGCCCUACUUGUCGCGCAUUGGGUUUGCUGGCCCAGCUGAGCCGAGCCUGGAGGUGCUGCGGUCGCUUCACACCUGUCACCUGCUCUCGGUGCCGUUUGAAAACCUGACUGUGCACAGCGGCGGGCGAGUUCAACUUGACCUUCCUCUUCUGUACGACAAGAUAGUGAACCAUCGCCGAGGCGGCUUCUGCUUUGAGAACAACGGUCUUUUCUCCUGGCUGCUGUCAAAACUGGGCUUCCGGGUGACUCUGCUCUCUGGUCAGGUGAAGAAUACGAUCACGGGCCGCUACGGGCCACCCUUUGACCAUCUGGUCCUCAUGGUGACCAUUGAUGGGCAGCGCUGGCUAUGCGACGUCGGGUUCGGAGUCCCAUGCUUCAGUGCCCCUCUUUCACUUGAGACCGGCGAGCCCCAGGAGCAGGGCCACCGAGUGUACCGCAUCACAAAGCAUACGGGGAUGCAUCUUCUGGAGUGGCAGGGGGAGGAGAACAGAGGGGCAGAUGGAGACUGGACAGGUCUCUACAAGUUCACCCUUGAACCUCGGUGUCGGGAGGACUUUGCCGAAAUGUGCCAGUACCACCAGAGCUCCCCCUGCUCCAUCUUCUUCUGCAAGUCCCUCUGCACCGUCUUAAAAAAAGGUGGAAGGCUCACCUACAUGGGCCGUAGACUGACCAGCACCACAUUUCCAACAACGGGAACC